AUGGAGCCUGCACACGACGACGGCACGGCCGAAGAUUCCAAGGGGCCACAUACGGAAAGGAACCCGUCUUUAGUAUCUUCUUUGUCGUUGUUGUCGUCAUCAUCAUCAACUUCGACAUCAUCUUUCAAUUCCUUAAUAGACAUCAAUGAAUUCGAAAACGAAGCAGACAUCAUCAUCAAUGGAACCGAUUCACAAUUAACGCCCACAACCCCACAAAGUCCUGUUACCCAUGAACAAACAGAUCAUCCCCUAGACGAUGAUACCCUUUUACCUCCAACUCCAACUCAUGCUCAAACCCCUGUUUCACAAAUUUUAGACAAAUCAUUCGUCGGCUAUGAUCCUAGUAGGAUCCCAUCUUCUGUCUUUUCAAGAAAGAAUACAGGUCAGGAGUGGAGUGUAGCAUCCAACGAAUCAUUGUUUAGCAUUCACAUGGGAAAUAAUAGUUUUUCAAUGGGAACGUCUGACUUAUUCUUUCCUUACGACCCCAACAACUACAACCCUCAAAUAGGGCUGCAACCACCUCAAUCGCAACCGCAACCGCAACCACCGCAACCGCAACCACCGCAACCGCCGCCGCCGCAGAUGGUUAGCGAUACGAAUCAAACCUCGUUUGAUCCAGCAAAUGAAGAGGAAACAAUCACUAAUCCCCCGCCUCAAAUCGUGGUGAAAGAAGAAGAUAGGGUUGGCUCAUUAGAUGGAGAUCGGUCAAGUGUUGGUACGAGCACAACUCAUUUGUCAGAAGAGAGUGGGACUAGUAGUAAUUCGUUUGUGUUUCCAUUAUUAUUGGGGGGUGAAGUUGCGAAUAAUACGAAAACGUCAGAAGUGGUGCCGCCGUCUAGUAAGGCGACAUCUCCCUCUCCUCCUGUUCCUUCUCCUCCUCCGGAGAGAACGGUGUCUUUACGGAAGGAGGAGAAGGAGGAAGUUGAGAAGUCAAAAUCGGGACAAGAAACUCCGGAGGCUGCUCCCAGUGGUGGCCAUGAAGAAGCCCCGGAGAACAAGACAUGGUUAUCAUAUUUUUCUUGCUUCUCGUUUUGUCCGAUUAAUUCAUGGCAUUUUUGCUGGCCAAAUCGUUUGUCUAAUGAAAAGAAGGGAAAUGAAACGGAAUCGAAAAACUAG